CUAAGCAUGUCGUGUUUUAAAGCGGUGCUAUCAAUUGUAUGUGUGCUCGUGCUGCUCUUUGAGAACUGUGAAGCUGUCGAAGCUUUUGACAAAUCCCCAGAGGACCAAAAGGAAAAAUCAACUAAGUUGCCGCCUUGUAAAUCAUGCACUGUGCUUGUGGAAUCAUUUAAGUUGGGUUUGGAAAAAACAAGUCGCGUCAAGCAUGCCGGUGGUGAUGCGGCUUGGGAAGGGGAAAAACUACGUUCUUAUAAAACCAGUGAAGUGCGUUUGGUCGAGGUUCAAGAGCAGUUUCGAAAAUGUAAGGGUUCUGGCACUCGUAAAGGUAAUGGAAAAUGCGCCUGUGAUGCUGGAUUUACAGGUGAGAAUUGUAAUAAGUGUGCUGAUAACCACUAUGAAGCCUACAAUGAUGGCAAAAAGAUGCUUUGUUCUCCAUGUCACAAAUCUUGCGAUGACAAGGGAUGCACUGGCGCUGGACCAAAAGCUUGUCGUAACUGCAAAGAUGGCUGGAUUAUGGGAAAUGACCCAGUAGGGUGCCAGGAUAUAAAUGAAUGUUUACUUCAAAACCGCCCUUGCCGUCCAAAUCAAUUUUGCGUUAACGACGAGGGAUCAUAUACGUGCUUAGAAUGUGAUCGUUCUUGUGAGGGUUGCGAUGGUGAUGGACCCGAUAUGUGUAGAAAGUGUGCAGCGGGUUUUGCAUUAAAAGAUGGAAAAUGCCAAGACGAAUCUUCAGAGCAACGCGACCAGUUCGUAAACAUAACACGUUUGCUUACCUACUUUGGCCUUUGCAUUGCCACUUGUGUGAUUUUCCAAAGUUCAACACACAUCGCUUACAUUGUCGGCGCAGCAGUAGCCAUUUAUAUAGCAGCAUCCGAAUAUUGGCUAAAUUCGUCAGCAUCGUCAGGAGCAGCUAAACCACAAUUUGAUACAAAGCAAUUAGAAGAUUUAAUUAUGAAAUCACUUUAAUAAUUCAAAUGAAUAAAAAAGUAAAACGAA